ACUAACGGCGUUAUCAUACCAUCUGUUGCAAGUCACGUCCUCCUUUCGUCCGGUAUUGAUCACUAUGUACACGUAUCUUAGUUACUAUCGUAGCCGUGUGCAGCUGUACGUUGUGUAAUCGUAACCCUGUUUUUUUUUGUAUAAAAUGAAUUCAUCUAACACUUGUGCUCCUCCUCUGCUUCACCUGUGAUCCUGCGACAACCAUGACGCCGUCUAAACUGGUUACAACCUCUCAAGUCUUCUGGUCGCCAAAACAGACGUGAGCAUUUACGCGACGACAGCCAUCUUGUAUAGCUCAUAAGACAUGGCCACAGCGUCCUCCACAGACGACCCAAUCUCCUACAACCUCUGUUUGGAGUUCUUCACUGAUCCGCGCGGACUUCCGUGUGGACACACGUUUUGUUUGACGUGUCUCCAAAAUCACAUCGACGCCAACAACACAGAUGAUACUUUCAUGUGUCCAAACUGCAGAGACGUGGUCGGCAUCCCUGACAACACACAGCCUACAUCGUCUUGGGCUUCACAGCUCAAAAUAAAUCUCGCACUUGUGGACGCCAUUGGUCUCAUCAAACAAAUUAAAAUAUGUGGCGACCCAAGAGCGACAACUCAACAAGACCCAAAUAGACUGGUAAUUGAAUCUUCCUGUGAAACGAUAAAGAAGUUCAGUCAUUUUAUAGAACACCAGGUGACGUCAGACAUUGAGAGACUACAGCGAAGCGUCGACGUCAGCGCGACACAGACUGUGGCUCAGAUGCAGAGACAAGGAGAUGAACUGAUUGCGGAGUUCACAACAGCAGUCCGCACUGAACUGGAAAACAGGAACUCAGAACUGGAAAUAUAUCGUCAAUCUGUUAAUAACGAAAUAGUUGAAUUGUUCACUGAUGUUAACAGACUGAUAGAAGAAAGUAAAGAAUGUCUGAAAUUGGGCGAAAAUCUCCUCAGAUUUGCGUCACUUUCUGAUAUGAAAAGACAUGUUUCCAAAUUUUUAAAAAUACAAAAGAUAACAACUGACUAUUUAGCCACACCACGUCCUGAAUUUCCUGAUUUGGCAAUAACUUUAGUUGAACCUGAGAAAACAGGAAGGAAAAACGUUUUCUGCGGAGAUUGGGAGAAUUUCGAGACCUGACGUAAAAUCUAUCAAGAUAACACACAAAAUAUAUUUACCGACUUCGAUAUUUGAACCAGACGUCGAGAUAAACCGGAAGUCAGAUAGGUUAAAGCAUGAACAAACAAUAAAUGCAAAACUGCAAUCUGAUAAAAAA